AUGCUCUCAAAGACUCAGCGUGCUGUUGCCUCUCGCUCUCUACCUCGUGUACUAGUCCGCAAUGGUCGUCUCGGAGUCGUGUCUGGUGCAUCUCUUGCAACGAGGGGUGCUGUCGAUAUAGAACCUGUCCUCUCUGCGAGAGGCCUGGCAUCCCUUGGUGCCAACAUUCUGGCGCACAGGGGCUUCGCAUCAGUUGCUGGCAGAAAGCCUCACUUCGAUAAGAUCCUCAUUGCGAACAGGGGAGAAAUUGCUUGCCGUGUCAUCCGUACAGCCAAGAAGCUCGGCAUCAAGACGGUUGCCGUCUACAGUGAAGUCGAUGCAGAUGCCCUACACGUCCGUAUGGCGGACGAGGCUUACUGCAUAGGUCCUGCACCGUCCUCGGAAAGUUACCUUCGCGUAGACAAGAUCAUCGAUGUAUGCAACAGAAGUGGCGCACAGGCUGUGCACCCCGGUUACGGUUUCCUUAGCGAGAACGCACAGUUCGCCGAGCGGCUAACCGACGAAGGCAUCGUCUUCAUCGGGCCACCCGCAAGUGCGAUAGUCAGCAUGGGCUCGAAGAGUGAAUCCAAGACUAUCAUGUCCAAUGCCGGUGUGCCUGUUGUUCCUGGGUACCACGGCACAAAUCAGGAUCCUGCAUACCUGUCCCACGAAGCAGACAAGAUAGGGUAUCCUGUCUUGAUUAAAGCCGUACAUGGCGGAGGUGGAAAGGGAAUGCGUGUUGUGCAUGCUCCAGAGGACUUCUUGGACGCGCUUACAUCCGCACGGCGAGAGGCGGCCAAGUCGUUCGGGAACGAUGACGUGCUGGUGGAGAGGUACAUUCAACGGCCGCGGCAUGUCGAGGUGCAGGUAUUCGCAGAUACGAAGGGCAACUGUGUGAGUCUGUGGGAACGGGAUUGUUCAGUGCAGAGAAGAAACCAGAAGAUCAUUGAAGAGGCUCCUGCACCCGGCUUGUCUCCCGAGCUGCGUGCGGACUUGAGCGCGAAGGCGAUUGCGGCGGCCAAGGCCGUACACUAUGUCGGCGCAGGAACUGUCGAGUUCAUCUUCGAUAACGACACAGCGGAGUUCUACUUCAUGGAGAUGAAUACGAGGUUACAGGUCGAACAUCCUGUGACGGAGAUGAUCACUGGUCUGGACCUUGUGGAAUGGCAAUUAGAGGUCGCGGCAGGUAACGCAUUGCCUCUCAGCCAGUCAUCUAUUCCUCUUGUCGGUCAUGCCUUCGAAGCGCGGAUAUACGCCGAAAACCCGCGCAACAACUUCCUGCCCGAUUCUGGCAAGCUGGUGCAUCUUUCAACACCGACUCCUACACACGUAUUUGCUCCUGCUUUCCCGCCCCAGCUGGCAGAUAGUACUCCGACGGACACCCUCGCCCGUGUCUCCGACACGUCGAGCAUUGCUGCGCCGUCGCUCCGGCUGGAACAAGGAUUCGAACAGGGCGCGCAGAUCGGCGUGUUCUACGACCCGAUGAUCGCUAAGCUAGUCGUGCAUGGACGCGACCGCACCGAGGCGCUGCGUGUGCUGCGUGGCGCGCUUGAGGAAUACAAGGUCGUAGGAGUGUCCACCAACGUUGAGUUCUUGAGAAGCUUGGCCGGAAAUCCGGCGUUCAUUGACGGUGACGUUGAGACUGGUUUCAUUACGAAACAUCAUGCUGAACUCUUUCCUCCCAUGAUGGAACCGUCGCCUGAGGUGGUCGCACAAGCCGCACUGUAUGUCGUGCUGAGAGACAAUCCAACUGCAUCCGUUCGGAUAGCGACGUCGCCCUGGACAUCUUUGGAGUCUCGACGCUUUGGCGGUGACACUUACGAGCGUGUGAUCACCCUCCAGGGCGAAGAUGGGACCACGGAGCCCAUUGCUGUCCACGUGAAGUCCCUACAGAACGGCCGCUUCGAUAUUGUCGUACGUACGUCCAAAGACGAGCGCACCUUCCUGUCCGUCCCCGCGCAGAUGCUCACCCCGACGACGCUUGCGACUACACUCGACAGCGCGGCGCUACGCACGACGAUCGUCUCGCAGCUCCCACCGCCUGCCGUUCCCGCGUCCUCUGCGCCACACACGAUGGAGCGCCUGCACGUCUUCUACGGCAUGCAGAGGUGCACGCUGCUGCUUCCUCCGCCGGGGUGGCUGCUGGCGCUCGGGGGCGAGGUGCUCGACGCUGCCAAGGGCGCGCUGCGUGCGCCGAUGCCGAGCGUCGUGGUCGAGGUGCGCGUGGGCGUCGGCGAGCGUGUGGAGAAGGGCCAGCCGGUUGUGGUGCUGGAGAGCAUGAAGACGGAGACAGUGCUGCGCGCCCCUGUGAGUGGGGUGGUCGGGGCGAUCGGGUGUGCGAAGGGCGAGAUGGUGGAAGAGGGAAGGGAGCUGGUUGAUAUUGUGGAGGAGGAGCCGUGA